GACAAAGAAUGCCGGACUCCAUAGCAUAUAAAGAGACCUGGGCACAACCAUCCAGGAUACUACAAGCUUCUCCAGCUUUCGUCUAUUGGAUGUACUUGAAGCUCUCUCCCCCACGCGAUAUGUUCGACUACUGCCUUCACGUCUUCUCGAGCCUUUGUAGCAAUCAGUUCGCCCUCUGUCGCAAGCUUCGCGACGUCGGCGGGGCGGAAGAUGAUGACUGCAGUGUAAAGAGUUCAUCCGGACCAGCACGUACACAUGCUAUCCUCGCCGACACCAAACCCGUCAAGGUCGGCCCCCGUGUAAUACACACGGAGCAGUUCAUCUGCAAAGGAGGUGUCGACACGGGGAGGCUCCUCGACAUAUCUCGCAAGAAGCUUUAUACGACUGCCAAAGCAAUGGGCGGUAACGUCCUUCUUGAUGAACAGUGGGAUUGCAGCAUUCGGCAUCCUAAACUUCAGAAACAUGAAUUUAAAGUUACGAUUCGUUACUCCGCCACAGUAGCACGGUCAUUCUUCCCAGACGGCCAACGGCCAGUGGGUAUCGAAGCCGCCAAAGGCAUCAAGGGCCUGAUGACCGUUUUGGAUCGCCAAGUAGAGCUGUGGUGUUAAGGCGGAUGAUACACCUAGUCUUUCCUUUCUUUCUUUUUGGGUUUCAAGGGUUUUUCAGUUGGUAUUUUAUGACUCAGGGAUAACCGCUUCCACGCGCUGUAAAAAUAGUCACAUCAUCAACUACGCCUACAAAAUAGGGCACACGGAAAGCUUGCGAUGUUGUACGACCACUUACGAACUACGAUACCAGUUCAAUUAGUUUUUCUCUACCUACAUAGGUUGGAAUCACCUCUAUACAAUCAACUUCAGGCAGAUUUUUCUAUCCGACUCUCGCUUCGGCUCGCGUAGCCAGUCCAAGACUACACCGCCAAAAUGUUCAUCAUCAGCAGUCAGUCAAAUGAAGAUUGACGACUCACUUCAUCAUACAAGGAAACGCUUUUGGCCCCCAACAUUCUCAAUCCCAGCCACAAGAUACCAGCAGUCAUGCCGCUUCCGCAGGAGGUUGUUAUCCUCCGUUUGCCGGAAAGGAUUA